CCUUGGAGCCUGUCAAAGUGAUGGCACAUGUUUCCACUAAUGUUUGCCGACAUAUCUCAGCUUGUUUGUAUUGUGAUCCACACGCAAAGAUGAAUUACACGAGAUAUGGUAGUCACAUCUGAAUGCUCUUAAUGCUAUAUUCUGAGCAUGACUCACAUCAAGACCUAUGCCCGUCUCAAGCCAAGCAGCGCCCUCUAUGACGAGUAUGAUGUGACGCCCACCACAUUACAAAUACGGACUCCGGAGAUAUUUCGGGACUAUGGCUCUCCAGGAAAGUUCCGGGCAACAGUUCGUCAUGAGUACUACUUUGACAGAGUCUUUGAUGUCAGUGACACACAAGAAAAUGUGUUUGAUGGAGUUGCCCGAGAAAUUAUUAAUGGUUUCCUCAAUGGCUACAAUGGCACCAUGUUUGCAUACGGCCAGACCGGGACCGGGAAAACAUACACUGUGGAGGGGAGUGCCAGGAAAUACAGCGACAGGGGACUGGCGCCAAGAGCCCUGUCCAUGAUCUACAAGAGUCUGGAGCAAAGAUCGGAUGAGGAGAUCACUGCCCACAUCUCCUAUAUGGAGAUAUAUCAAGAAGUGGCCUAUGACCUACUGAAUCCAGGUGCUCGAACCUUCUCCCCGGUCACACCACUACCCAAGGUUGGAGUGGCAGAGGGUGCAGGAGGAUCAUGUCUGCUGAGAAAUCUGUCUGUCCAUCUCGCGGCUAGUGAAGAGGUCGCCCAGAGUCUGCUGCUACAAGGUCAGGCGAACAGAAGGGUCGCAGAGACACCAGUCAACCAAAGGUCAUCAAGGUCACAUGCAGUUUUCUCCAUCUAUCUCACCGCUAAACGGCCCGACUCCGAUGUCAUCGUCAGGUCCAAGCUCCACCUGGUUGACCUAGCAGGGUCCGAGCGGGUGGCCAAGACGGGAGUGGACGGUCAGCAGCUGACCGAAGCCAAGUCCAUCAACCUGUCACUCCAUCACUUGGAGACUGUAAUUAUCUCCCUCCAGGCAGACAGCGGAAUAGACAGACAGCGCACGGCACAUUCACUCAGACAAUGUAACUCCUCUUCUCAGCUGAGUCGGCCAUACACUGCUGAUGAUGCUCGCUCCCCCAAACAUGUCCCGUACAGGAACUCCUUGCUUACCAUGGUCCUCCGGGACAGUCUGGGAGGUAACUGUCAGACUGCCAUGAUUGCCACCAUCUCCCUGGAGGUUCAGAAUAUUGGAGAAUCUCUAUCCACCUGCCGCUUUGCCCAGCGGGUGGCCUGUAUCGCCAAUCAUGCUAUGCGUAAUGAGGAAAUUGAUGAUCGAACUCUGAUCAAGAGGCUGAAGAAGAGAGUAGCAGAACUGGAGGCGGAGAUUGCCUUUAUGAGAUUGAACAAGGAGACUGAGUGUACAGAUGAAAUGAUGAGCAGCAAGCUGACUGAUGAGGAUAAAAUACACUGUGCACGGGUAGUGCAUGAAUAUCUCGGGGGCCGUCUCACUGACCCUGUCACAGCAGGCAUUACCGAUCCCUACAAGUUCCGGGAAUGUCUACGUCUGCUGAAGAAGAUGGUGCUAAGCGGCUACUUCAAAUCCGAUUCCAGUUCUGGAUCAAGAAGCAGUCCAGGAAAGGGUCCGAGGAACUUCAACGGAAGGACAGAUGACAACUCAGUGCAGAUUCUACGCAUCGACCAUGACAGCACCGACACUGGCAACAUCACAUACGACAAUACGGAUGAUGCUAAUACUAAUGCAGUCAUUUCCAGUCCUCCAAUGAAGCCAGGCCAAGCGUGGGGUGAGAGUCUGAUGCCACGUACUCCAGAUUUUAAUGACCGAGUGAAGAAAGCUUCGAUCGGGACCUCCCCUCACCGACCAGUCACAGCAGACUCCAUCACCAGCAACAACUCGAAGUAUACGUCACCAUACGAGCGGAAGCGUGAACGUGAGAUCCACCGCCUCAGUCGCCGGAUCAACAAGCUGCAGUCGAGUUACGAGAGCAAGGAGAACGAGCUGAAUGACCUCCAGCACAACGUGGAGCUGCAGGAACUCGAGGUCAUGGAGUCGGGGCUCAAGGCCAAGGUUGAUGUCACCAAGGACCAGAUCAGCCACCAGCAGGCCUACAUCAUUCAGCUGCGGGACACGGAGGCUGACCCGGGACUGGUGGAGCAGGAGAAGCUGGUGGAGAGACAGCUCAGGAAAAGACAGGCAAAAUUUGAGAAGAAGAUUGAAGGUAUAGAACAGAGGAAGGCCCACAUCCUAAGAAAAGAUGUGGAAUCCCCGGAGUUGCCGAGAACUCCUUCCAAAGUGGGCAUUGAGGAGAAGUUUGGCCAGUACAAGAAGCGUGAUGGCUCCCUCAACACCCGGCAGGUGUUCAACAUGCUCAAGCAGGAGGAGAAGAAGAGACAGAAGGCUCAAACCGAGAUCGAACGAGAGAAGAUUCUGACAGUGAGUCGCCAGCUCGAGGUGCGGGAAGCUGCCACCAGACAGAAACUCAAGGAGCUGAAGCAGAUGAUCCGCCAGUCACAUGACAACAAGGAGCAAACGGACACCGACCUGAAUCACGAUGAGCAGAAUAGCAGAAGAACAUUUCAUGAAAUGAAGACUCAGGUCUCCAGUACUUUUAAUGGAACCCGUCUAACUGAGGAAUGUCAUGAAAGAGGUGAUAACCUUGAAAAGAAAGGAUCACGGAACAAUGGAGGUAACGCGGAGAAGAAUAGCGAUAAAGACAAUCAGGUUCAUUCCAUGCUAAACAAUAGAAUCUCGAGACCAGUGUCAGGGAAGAGCAUUCAGUCUGUGACUGUUCCUGAUGGUAGCUUCUACACCCAGAGGAAGACAUCGACAGGUGUGGCUUCACGGUGGGACUCAGCAUAUUCCACAAGGCCAUCCACCGCGGAAACUCGACCAGCUACUGCCGAUACCAUGUCUAUAGGACAAUCCCCACCUGAUGGGCUUUCAUUAAACAGUCUUUCACAAGCCUUUAACCCAGACUUGAAAUCCGUGUUUGAAUCCAAUGAUCUUCCAGGGAAUAACAUUCCUAGUGAACAGUCUUGCCAGACACAUGACGAACCAUUUGCGACCUACAUGCCCAGUGAGUACGUGCACGGCAUGGCAAAUGGGGAUAAGUUUGAUGCAAGGAGGAUGGAGUUGUCCUCCAAGACCUUUGAGACUGCAUUGUCUUCCAUGUUGGAUAAGGAAGAGACGGUUCGCUACUCGGAAGAGUAUUACAACCAGUUCGCACGGUCAGGUAAACGAAAACAUGGUAGCCCGAGUCGCAAGCAGACGUCCAACAAACAUGGUCAUGUUCAUACCAGCAACACUGACGAUGCAACAAAGAUGCUCAUGGCUUGGGGUCCUGAGGCUAAGGGAUCAUCUGUGGGGGCCAAACUUGCCAUGUUCCUGGAGGACAUUUGUAGCUCCCCUGACACCAGAACCACAGGUAACCAUGCUAAGUCGUCUUCCAAGUCAAACUCCAGCGACCGCUUUACAAGUCGUCUGGAGCAGUUCCAGUCUUCCCCCGUACAAAACGUGUCCAGCAGUCGCCAGAAGAUCAAGGCUCUACCGGACACAGAGAGGGAGUCGGCCUACAUGAGCAAGGCAGAGACGGAGAGACACCGUAUUGCGAAAAUCAGGAAAGCAAGACAGGCAGCAGAAGUUAUACAGAAGGCCUGGCGGCAACACCAUCAAAAAUAAUCCUGGCGAUCAGGAUAUUUAUUGUUCAGCUUUUUCUAUCUAUGUACUGAAAGACUAUUUGAAGAAAAAACAUCCCUACAACUUGACUGCACUGGUCACAAAUCAAGUAAAUGGGUACAACACUGACAGCGGACUGUAGGAUAGUAGGUUUUAUCAUGAAAAAUUGUGUAAUAUGAUUGGAUGGUUAUUUUUAGCAUAGUGUCAUGCGAACUAGGCUCACAGGAAAACUAUGAUGGCGAAUAGGUCCAGGGUACUCAUUAUAAUAGAAUUGAGAUAAGAUAGGCCGGAAGGAAAGUUACAGCCAGACUAAGGAAGGAUGGUGGAAUUAAUUGUCCAUCAGAUUCUAGGGAAAGGCUGUGAGAUCAUGUGGGUUUAUUCAAAUAGCAGACGAUGACACACAUCACCACCAGCAAACAGGGACAUGAGUAUGACCGAGUCUUGUCUUUACGAGGUAUUUUAUCUGUGAAAUGUAGUUUAGGAGUGAUGAGUAGCUUCCAGUAUACCUUCUUUUUGCUAACUGUAUGUUUUUGUACUUGUACUUUUUUUAGAACUUUACAACUUUAAUUUUACAGGUGUUGUUGUUUGCCACUGUGUUAACCAUACCUAGGGCUUGCUUGCUAGCACUCACAUUUUUCAUUGCAUUUUAGUUAUCUGGUUAGAUCAAAAGGGUCAAGUACUUAAAGAAUGGCAGAUGUGGAACAAAACCAUCAGAGUGCCAGAGAUUUUGAAAGAUCUUUAAAAAUCCAAUGGCAAAUAUAAGUUGCCAGUUUGUCUCCAAGAAGUCAAUGAGAAAUGCACAGGGGUGGGAAAUCUUUAUAAACUAGUGGUCAGCAGUUGUUAUCAAAACAGUAGUAAAGAAUGGUGGCAUUAUAUAUAUAUCCCCAAUGCAGGGUACUGUUAGUGUCUGUAGUUGCUGUAUGUACAGAGGUAUUCCUCCAUGGGUGAGUGAGUGAAUGUUGUUCGAUGCCACAGUCGGCAGUAUUCCAGCUGUAUCAGGGCGACCUGAAAAGAAUGGGGUCUGACCUUGCAAACCAGUGAAUGAGGCAUGUGAUGAUGUGAACAACCCAUACCAUCAGGGCACAAUGACAUGCAAGCAGCUAACUACUGAUCCCCACUUUACUCCUCUUCUUUACAGUAUAUUUAUCCUUUCUACUCAUCUUCCAGUAUUGUAGUAACAGCUAUUCACCAUGGAGUUGCGAUCAUAUUUCCUGCUGAUUCAGGCGGACAGCAAACAGAUGACCUUCUGGGGUUGUCAACAUCCAGGUGAUGAUAAAAAGUGUGAAGGCGCUAUAUUCGCCAUCAGCAAAACUAUUAUUUCAUGUCACAGAUGAAACCUCACAAAUAUGAGAUGUUUUUUUGCCAUGACAGUAUUAACAAUCUAUAUUUGUUGAAUAAAAUUUAAAUCAACAAAUAAGGCAUUUUGAGAUGGAUUAUUUGAGCCCACUUAACAUCUGGAUCAACUGAACACAAUGAGUUACUCAUGGAUUAUGGUGACAAAUUCAAAAACACAUUUGCCACCCAAGUGAAUUUCUGGCGAGUGUUAAGCCACAAAUGCCAAUAUUCCAUCCAUAUCAGCCUGUAAACACUGGAGUCUAGGAACUGCAGCCACUUGAUCCAAAUGUUGACUUUUACGACAAGCAUGGAGUACCAAGGACCUUUCCUGACCUUGAUCUGAGGACACUUGAGAAGGUGAAGGAUGACUAAAAUGAGAUUUAACAUAGCAUUCAAGAUUAUUGCACUUGUAUUGUGAUGUUGUUGUACUCGUCUGGACUAAUGCUAUUGUUUUAAUAGUGCCACUGAGACCACAGUUUAACAUUAUUACCGGUACCCCACCCACAAUAUACUUACUCACAGCGGACUAGCCCUUGUUUCAUCACCUUAAUGCCGAAUGCCAGGCAGGGUAACAAGUACCAUCUAUAACAUCUUUUGGUAUCACGCAGCCAGGGAUCAAACACAGACAAUCCACUCUCCAGGUAGAUGGUCUGUUGACUAGGCCACUGAGGCAGCUCACCUUAGAAGGAUUCAUGUAUGGAAGUUGGCUAGACAAGGGAGCUUGGGGACACAGAAGUGUAACACAGUGCUUAAUGUGACAAACAAUUGACCAAUAAGAAUUGGGCAAGUCUAUGAAAUAUUGAACAAGCACUAGUUUCAAAGAGAGAAACAACAGUAAACUGAGUUCACUUGCGUUUGAUACAUUUAUUCUUGUAACAACAUCUAUGACAAAAUUGAGUCACCACCCUCCUCAUAAACAAGUAAUGUAGAACACUAUUAAAUACAGUGACAUUGUAUAGAUGUCACAACUAGCAGACACAUGGAUAUAAUCCCUGCAGUAGGCGACCUGUCGCUUAAAGUAAAUGCAUGAUUAGGACCCUCAAGUCAACACAGCUGUAGAAAAGCUGUAUGUUUACAUUAAUAUAACUAUUCGACGUAAUAAGCGCCCCCGGCAAUAUUUGCUAAUAUA